UAUUUAUGUUUUACCACAGAUAUAUUAAAUCUGUAGAGGAAUCGCUGUCAAUAAAAAAACAGCAUGGCGGAUGCCUCCGCCCGUUCACUGCAAUAUGAAUACAAAGCCAAUUCUAAUCUUGUAUUGCAAGCAGACAGAUCACUCAUUGAUAGACGACCAAGAGAUGAGCCGACAGGAGAAGUCAUCUCAUUGCAGGGAAAAUUAACUGGAUCAAAAAUGGGUGAUAGAGCGCAGCGUACAAGACCACCACAGAUGGAAGAGCGUCGAGCAAAGCGAUACAAGCGUGACGAGGAUCAAAAAUCUUCUGUGAAAUUGAAAGGAGCAACUCUGUUAUCUGAGGGAAUGGAUGAGAUGGUUAAUAUAUUAUAUAAACCAAAAACAAAAGAAACUAGAGAAACGUACGAGAUUUUACUCAGCUUUAUCCAGGCUGCAUUGGGUGACCAACCAAGAGACAUUCUUUGUGGCGCAGCUGACGAAGUGAUAAUUGUUCUUAAGAAUGAUAAACUGCGUGAUAAGGAAAGACGAAAAGAAGUUCAAUCACUGUUGGGAGUUCAAGAAGAUACUCGCUAUCAUGUUUUGGUAAAUUUGGGCAAAAAGAUUACCGACUUCGGCACAGAUAAGGAUGCUGAAACCGCAGAUGAUAACAUUGAUGAAACAUAUGGUGUCAACGUCCAGUUUGAAUCGGAUGAUGAAGAAGAAGACCAAGAAAACAGGUAUGGUGAAGUUCAGGAGGAAUCUGAAAAUGAAGAUGAUGAUGAAGAAGGUGGCGUAGAGGCAGAUGCGAAUAUGGUUGUUUCUGCUAAUCUCACCAACGAAGCCGGAAAUGUCAAUAUCAUUAAGAAUCGUGGACUACAUCCUCGUGAUGUUGAUGCUUAUUGGCUGCAAAGAAAUUUGAGCAAAGUUUAUGAUGAUGCAAUCGUUUCGCAAAAAAAAGCAGAAGAAGUCUUGGAAAUUUUAAAGACUGCGGUUGAUGAUUUACAAUGUGAAAAUCAAUUGGUAAUGUUGCUCGGUUUCAAUCAGUUUGAUUUUAUCAAAAUUUUGCGUGAACAUCGACAAAUGAUUCUAUAUUGCACUUUACUUGCGAGUGCACAAAGUGAAGCUGCAAAAAAACAAAUUGAAGAUAGAAUGAAGAACGAUCAAGAAUUGUCAGUGAUUCUCCAGCAACUGAACGAAACUGAGAAAGAAGAUAUCAUUAAAGAAGAACAAGAACGCAGAGAAAGAUUACGCAGAAGCAAGGUUGAUGCUGAUCUAGAAGCAAUGGAAACUGACCAGACAGAUGAAACUUUACAGCCAAGCAAAGGGGUUGAUCUUGAAGAUAUCAUGUUUGAGCAAGGAUCUCACUUGAUGGCAAAUAAAAAAUGCCAGUUACCAGAUGGUUCUUAUCGCAAACAACGUAAAGGUUACGAAGAAGUGCAUGUACCUGCUUUAAAACCAAAAGUUUUUGCCGAUGAUGAAAAACUUGUUCCGAUUGAUACUUUACCCAAGUAUGCCCAAGCGGCUUUUGAAGGAUUUAAAAGUUUGAACAGGAUUCAGAGUAGACUUUCCAAGACUACACUAGAAAGUGAUGAGAAUAUUUUGCUGUGUGCCCCCACUGGCGCUGGAAAAACAAAUGUUGCACUCUUGACUAUGUUGAGAGAAAUUGGCAAGCACAUCAAUUCUGAUGGAACGAUUAAUGUUAAUGAUUUUAAAAUAAUAUACAUCGCUCCAAUGAGAUCACUGGUACAAGAAAUGGUCGGAAAUUUCGGAAAACGGCUUGCCGCUUAUGGCAUCAAGGUCAGUGAAAUGACAGGUGAUCAUCAGCUUUGCAAAGAAGAAAUCAAUGCCACACAAAUUAUUGUCUGCACACCGGAAAAAUGGGAUAUUGUGACAAGAAAAGGUGGUGAACGAACAUACACACAGCUGGUACGUCUGUUGAUUAUUGACGAGAUCCACAUGCUUCAUGAUGAUCGUGGUCCUGUCCUGGAGUCUGUUGUUGCAAGGACAAUUAGAUCCAUCGAAACAACUCAAGAGGAUGUCAGACUUGUUGGACUUUCUGCUACUUUACCAAAUUAUGAAGAUGUUGCCACAUUCUUGCGUGUUGAUCCCUCCAAAGGGUUGUUCUUCUUUGACAACAGUUUCAGACCAUGUCCUUUAGAACAGCAAUACAUUGGCAUAACAGAAAAGAAAGCAAUCAAGAGGUUUCAGGUUAUGAAUGAAAUUGUUUAUGAAAAAGUUGUUGAAAAUGCAGGUAAAAAUCAAGUUCUGAUUUUUGUUCAUUCACGAAAAGAAACUGGAAAAACUGCUCGUGCUGUUAGAGAUAUGUGCUUGGAAAAUGACACUCUAGGACAUUUUUUGAGAGAAGGAUCCGCUUCCACAGAAGUUUUACGAACAGAAUCUGAGCAAGUAAAGAAUUUAGAAUUGAAAGAUCUUCUGCCAUACGGUUUCGCAAUCCAUCAUGCUGGAAUGUCAAGAGUUGACAGAACAUUGGUUGAAGAUUUAUUUGCUGACCGUCAUAUUCAGGUACUUGUUUCAACUGCCACACUUGCUUGGGGUGUCAACUUACCUGCUCAUACUGUCAUCAUCAAAGGCACACAAGUGUACAGUCCAGAAAAAGGUAGAUGGGUUGAAUUGGGUGCACUUGAUGUACUUCAGAUGAUGGGACGAGCUGGUAGGCCACAAUAUGACACCAAGGGUGAAGGUGUUCUUAUUACAUCUCAUAGUGAAUUGCAAUAUUACUUGUCGCUUUUGAAUCAACAAUUGCCUGUAGAAAGUCAAAUGGUUGCCAAACUGCCAGAUAUGCUGAAUGCUGAAAUUGUGCUGGGUAAUGUUCAGAAUGUCAGAGAUGCUGUGAACUGGCUUGGGUACAGUUACCUAUACAUUAGAAUGCUUCGACAGCCUACUUUAUACUCCAUAAGUCAUGAUGCACUAAAGGCUGAUCCUCUUUUACAACAACAUCGAGUUGACUUGAUUCAUUCUGCUGCAAACAUAUUAGAUAAAAGCAAUUUAGUCAAAUAUGAUAGAAAAACUGGGCACUUGCAAGUGACAGAUUUGGGCCGGAUUGCUAGUCAUUAUUACUGCACCCAUGAGAGCAUGGCAACAUACAACCAACUACUGAAACCUACUCUGAGUGAGAUUGAAUUGUUUCGAGUUUUUUCACUUUCUUCUGAGUUCAAAUACAUAGCAGUUCGUGAAGAAGAAAAAUUGGAACUGCAAAAGCUUUUGGAACGAGUGCCUAUUCCAGUCAAAGAAGGAAUAGAUGAGCCGACUGCCAAAAUUAAUGUUUUAUUGCAAACUUACAUUUCACAGCUCAAAUUGGAAGGGUUUGCAUUGAUGGCUGAUAUGGUCUACGUAACACAGUCUGCUGGUCGACUGAUGAGAGCUAUUUUUGAAAUUGUGCUUUAUAGAGGUUGGGCCCAACUUACUGAUAAAUGUCUAUCAUUGUGCAAAAUGAUACAAAGUAGAAUGUGGCAGUCAAUGAGUCCAUUGCGUCAAUUCAAGAAAGUACCAGAUGAGGUGGUUAAAAAAAUUGAAAAAAAAAACUUUCCCUGGGAACGUUUCUAUGACUUGAAUCAUAAUGAAAUUGGAGAGCUCAUCAGGAUGCCAAAAAUGGGGAGAGUUCUUCACAAACUUAUACAUCAAUUUCCCAAGAUGGAAUUGUCUGUUCACAUCCAACCAAUUACCAGAUCAACUCUUCGAGUGGAACUCACUAUCACUCCGGAUUUUCAAUGGAAUGAAAACACUCACAGGUCUUCAGAAGCAUUUUGGAUAUUUGUGGAAGAUGUUGACAGCGAAAUAAUUCUCCACCAUGAAUAUUUUCUGCUCAAAAACAAGUAUUCUACGGAUGAACAUAUUGUCAACUUCUUUGUGCCUGUAUUUGAACCACUUCCACCACAAUAUUUCAUUCGAAUUGUGUCAGAUAGGUGGUUAUCAUCAGAAACACAACUCCCAGUAUCUUUCCGUCAUCUCAUUCUUCCUGAGAAAUACCCUCCACCAACAGAGUUACUUGACCUCCAACCUUUGCCCGUAUCUGCUCUCAGAAACCCAGAAUUUGAAGCACUUUUUGAAGAUAAGUUUCCAUGCUUUAACCCUAUUCAGACACAAGUUUUCAAUGCUUUGUAUAAUAGUGAUGAUAACAUCUUUAUUGGAGCUCCAACCGGUAGUGGGAAAACUGUUUGUGCUGAAUUUGCACUCAUGCAUGCAUUGGCAGUUAAUCCUGAAGCCAGAUGUGUUUAUGUCACUCCAAUGGAUGCUCUUGCUGAAAUUGUUUAUCAAGAUUGGAGAGAAAAAUUUGAAAUUCAUCUUGGCAAACGUGUUGUCCUACUAACUGGAGAAACAAGCACUGAUCUUAAGCUCAUUGCCAAAGGAAAUAUUGUAGUGUCUACUCCAGAGAAAUGGGAUGUUCUUUCUAGAAGAUGGAAGCAAAGGAAAAAUGUGCAAAAUGUCUCGUUAUUCAUUGUCGAUGAGAUUCAUCUGAUUGGAGGUGAAGCAGGACCUGAAUUAGAAGUUGUUUGCUCAAGAAUGCGAUAUGUCUCUUCUCAACUUGAGCGACAAAUCAGGAUUGUAGCUCUCGGAUCUUCUCUUGCAAACGCAAAGGAUGUUGCUCAGUGGUUGGGUUGCAGUGCCACUCACACUUUUAACUUCCAUCCGAAUGUCCGACCAGUUCCUUUGGAAAUCCAUAUUCAAGGCUUCAACAUUAGUCAUGCUCAGUCAAGAUUGCUAAGUAUGUCAAAACCAGUGUACAAUGCAGUUGUUAAACAUUCCCCGAAACGAUCUGUCAUCAUAUUUGUUACUUCUCGUAAGCAAUCGAAACUUAGUGCUGUUGACAUGUUAACAUUUGCCGCAGCUGAUGGACAACCCCAAAAAUUUCUCCAUUGCAAAGAAGAAGAUCUGGCUCCAUACUUGGAACAUGUGAAUGAUGAUACAUUAAAGGAGACACUGUCUAAUGGUGUGGCUUAUUUACACGAUGGCACAACAGAGAUGGAAAGAAAAGUCGUUGAUCAGUUAUUUUCAUCAGGAGCUGUUCAAAUACUUGUAGCAUCACGUAGCUUGUGUUGGGCAUUGACUGUAUCUGCUCACUUAGUAAUUGUGAUGGACACCCAAUACUACAAUGGAAAAAUUCAUGCUUAUGUUGACUAUCCUGUUACCGAUGUACUUCAGAUGAUCGGAAGAGCAAAUCGACCUCUCAAGGAUGAAGAAGGAAAAUGUGUGAUCAUGUGUCAAGGCUCGAAAAAAGAUUUUUUCAAGAAAUUUGUCUACGAACCCCUGCCUGUAGAAUCUCAUCUUGAUCAUUGCUUACAUGAUCACUUCAAUGCUGAAAUUGUCACCAAAACAAUAGAAAACAAACAGGAUGCAGUUGAUUACAUGACAUGGACUUUUUUGUAUCGUAGGAUGACUCAGAAUCCAAAUUAUUAUAAUUUGCAGGGAGUUUCACAUCGUCAUCUUUCUGACAGCUUGUCAGAGCUUGUUGAAAACACACUUUCUGACUUGGAGCAGUCUAAGUGUAUUGCAAUAGAAGAUGACAUGGAUGUUUCACCUCUGAAUCUGGCUAUGAUUUCUGCUUACUACUAUAUCAACUACACCACUAUAGAGCUGUUCAGCAUGUCUUUGAAUGCCAAAACCAAGAUUCGUGGAUUGAUAGAAAUUAUCAGCAAUGCGGCAGAAUAUGAAGCAAUACAAAUACGCCAUCGAGAAGAUGGAACUCUCAAACAACUUCUGGAUAAAGUUCCAUACAAACCACAGAAUGUUAGAUUCACCGAUCCACAUAUCAAGACCAACUUGCUUCUGCAGGCACAUUUGUCUCGGCUUCAACUUCCCGCUGAACUUCAAUCUGACACAGAAGGUAUAUUGAGCAAAUCUGUUCGUUUGAUUCAAGCCUGUGUCGAUGUUUUAUCAUCAAAUGGUUGGUUGUCACCUGCACUAGCUGCCAUGGAACUUGCACAAAUGGUGACACAAGCAAUGUGGAGCAAGGAUUCUUAUUUGAAACAGUUACCACACUUUGAUCCAAAUGUUAUCAGAAGAUGCACAGAAAAGGACAUUGAAAGUGUUUUCGACAUAUUAGAGAUGGAAGAUGAUGACAGAAAUUCCUUAUUGGGAAUGACGGAACCACAGAUGGCCGAUGUUGCAAGAUUUUGCAAUAGAUACCCAAAUAUUGAACUGACUUAUGAUGUAUUGGACGACGAUAAUUUAAGAGCAGGUCAUCCAGUUGUUGUGGUUGUUACUUUGGAAAGAGAAGAUGAAGUAUCUGGACCAGUAAUUGCACCUUUCUUCCCUCAAAAACGUGAGGAAGGAUGGUGGGUGGUUGUUGGAGAUCCCAAGACCAACAGCCUUAUUUCCAUCAAACGGCUAACUCUGCAGCAAAAGGCGAAGGUCAAACUAGAUUUUAUCCCACCAUCAGCCGGCACUCAUUCUUACACCUUGUACUUCAUGAGUGAUGCUUUCAUGGGGUGUGAUCAAGAAUACAAAUUAGAGAUGAACGUUCAUGAAUCUGAAGGUGGAGAAAGUGGCAGCGAGUCAGACUAAAGAGAAAACUGAGAAACAUUGUCAUUGUGCCUCAUAUCCCCAGGGAACGUCUGUUGGAAUCACUUUUUUGGCUGUAAUUGGUUCAUUCCUGGUUAAUCAUACUAACUUGAAUUCAAUAUUUUUUAUCAUGAUUUGCUUGAAAGCAGUUAUACCAAUUUUCUGUUGAAAAAUUAACCAUCUUUUGGGUUUCUUUUAUGUCUGAAGGGAUUUCUUUGGGUAGAUUAACAUAAGGGGGAAGUUCCUCGAUAUUGUCCUAUAUUGGUAGUUUGUACAAAAUAAACGAUGUCUGCAACUGA